CUAUUAAUUAUCUCUUUUUUGUAUAGGUACCUUGUUCUGUAAUAUCACAAGCGGCAACGAUUGCUUCAUAUGUCCUCAUGGUUAUAAGUUCAAUAGUUCUCAAAAAGUUGAUGGUAAACCCAUGUGUUACCCAGCUCCCCCGAAAGGUCCCGGGAAGAACAAAGAUAUCCCCAUAGGUUUAUGUUCUGCGUUUGGAACGUUGUCCCUAUCUAUGGGAGCACGGCGUUUGUACGAGUUCGUUAAAAGAAAGGCAGCAAACAAGCUUAACCAAAAAAAUUUUAAGAAAAACGGCGGUUUGUUAUUACAACAACGCAUGUCGUCCAAUGACGGCAACAUUCAGAAACUAAAAUUCUUUACCGAGAAUGAAUUGGAGAAGGCAACUGACAGCUACAAUGAGACUCGAAUCCUUGGUCAAGGAGGUCAAGGCACUGUGUAUAAAGGAAUGUUGGAGGAAGGAAGACUAAUAGCUGUUAAAAGGCUCAAGAAAGUGGCUGAAAGAGUUGAUGUAUUCAUCAAUGAGGUGGAUAUUUUGUCAAAAAUUAAUCAUAGGAAUGUGGUUCAAUUUUUAGGGUGUUGCUUGGACACUGAAUUUCCCCUUUUAGCCUAUGAAUUCGUUCCUAACGGAACUCUUUUUCAGUAUAUACAUGAGCAAAAUGAGGAAUUUCCACUCACUUGGGACUUACGCCUACGUAUUGCCAUAGAAGUUGCAGAUGCUCUAUCAUAUCUACAUUCUAUACGCAUAUAUCAUGGAAAUAUUAAGUCAUCAAACAUACUGUUGGAUGAAAAAUAUCGAGCAAAAGUUUCAGAUGUUGGAACUUCAAGAUCUAUUCCAGUUGACCAAACUCACUUGAUCGAAAAUUAUCCGGAUCCAGAGUAUUUUCGAUCAAGUCAAUUUACAGAAAAAAGUGAUGUUUACAGCUUCGGAUUGGUUCUUGCGGAGCUCUUAACUGGACAAAAACCUGUUCGUUCAACUAACUUGGAAGAAGAAGAUAAAAGUUUAGCACUCUAUUUUCUUCAGAUAAUGAAAGAGAAUCGUUUGUUUGAAAUCGUUGAUGCUCAAGUUUUGAAGGAUGGUAAAGAAGAAGAGAUUAUAGUCUUUGCUAAUCUCACAGAAAGAUGUCUAAAGUUAAAUGGGAGGAAGAGACCUACAAUGAGAGAAGUAACAACGAAAUUAGCAGGUAUUAGAAUAUCCAUUGGAGCCUCAAUCUUGAAACAAAAUUGUGAAGAGGGUGAUUAUGUUGAUGGUGACAUAAACAGUCAACUUAAAGCCAGUUCAUCGUUUACUGGAUCAUUUUUUGAGUAGUACUUGUUUUUCAAUAGGUUAAUCCUUUGAUUUCAAGCAAGUGUGGCAAUGUAGAAAAAUAAUUAUUUUGUUUUGGUUGUAUCUUAUCGUAUGUUGAAUGUGUUGUGUUAUUGAG